GAAGGAAGUGUUGGAACUUGCCAGUCAAUUGUCAAAUACACUAUUGGAAUGGGUGUGGAAGAACAAGACAAAAAAGCCAUAUGGACGGAAGAUGCAGAAAGCUGUAUUUCACACGGGUCAAUUGAAACGGCCAGAGUAAUUUACGCUCAAGCUCUGAAAGCUUUCCCUGGUAAAAAAUCUAUAUGGAGAAGAGCUGCAUUCUUGGAAAAGUCACAUGGUACAAGAGAAUCACUGGAAGAAUUAUUGCAACGCGCUGUUAGAUUUUGUCCUCAAGCCGAAGUCUUAUGGCUUAUGGGGGCCAAAGAAAAAUGGUUAGCGGGUGAUGUAGAUGGCGCCCGAUUUAUUUUAACUGAAGCUUUCAAAGCAAAUCCAAAUAGCGAACAGAUUUGGUUAGCUGCUGUAAAGCUCGAGGCUGAAAAUGGUGAAGAUGAACGUGCUCGUAUGUUACUGCAAAAGGCAAGAGAACAAGCGGGCACAGAAAAGGUGUGGAUGAAAUCAAUAGUUUUAGAACGCCAGCUCGGUAAAAUCAAUGAAGCAUUAGCAAUGUUGGAUGAAGCAUUGGCUCAAUACCCAACUUUCGAUAAAUUAUGGAUGAUUAAAGGACAAAUAGAGGAUGAAAGAGGUGAAUUACCGACAGCACGAUUAACUUAUACUAAAGCCGUUAAAAAUUGUCCAAAAUCGAUUCCAUUAUGGAUCCUUGCAUCUCGUUUAGAAGAAAAAGCUGGGCUGUUGAUUAAAGCUAGAGCUACCCUUGAAAGGGUAGAAUUGCGGGGUAAUAACACUAGCAUGGCUAAGGCUUUAUUGGCAAAAGAAGCUAUUUUCAUGGAAUCUCGCCCACAACGCAAGACUAAAUCAGUGGACGCGCUCAAGAAAUGCGACAACGACCCUAUUGUCAUUGCGACAGUAGCGCGCUUGUUCUGGGCCGAACGCAAAGUGGAUAAAGCACGCACGUGGUUUGAAAAGGCUGUAAAAGUUGAUCCAGAUCGCGGAGAUUCUUGGGCCUGGUAUUAUAAAUUUGAAUGUCAACAUGGAACAGAGCAACAACAGCAAGACGUAAUUUCUCGCUGCGUAUCUGCUGAACCGCAUCAUGGUGAACAAUGGCAAAUUGUUGCAAAAGAUAUGAAAAACGUUGGCAAGAAUAUCGAAGAAAUUCUUAAAUUGGUAGCACAGGCUCUUUCGUGA